UCAGGUUUGCAGGUCAUUUUCCCCGAGUACCUGCAGGAGAAGUUUGUCCAGUCGGCACUCAGCUACAUCAUGUGCAACGGAGAGGGAGAAUACAUCUGCCAGAACAGUCAGUGCAUUUGUCAGUGUGCCGAUGAGUUCCCACAAUGCAACUGUCCCACCACUGACCUCCAGAUCAUGGAGAACACGCUCAUCGGCAUGGCGGAGACUUGGGAAGCAUCUUACAGCGACUUUGAGAACUCAGAUGAGUUUAAGUCGUUUCUGAAACGUCUGCCCGCGACACACUUUCUGCCGGUGAGCAGCGUGCACCUGCUGUGGGGCAGCGACUGGGACCUUCAGAACCGCUAUCGGCUCUUGCAGAGUUCACUGGAGGCCCAGAGACUGAAGAUCCAGCGCACGGCCCGGAAACUCUUCGGUCUGAGCAUUCGCUGCCACCACAACCCCAACCACCAGAUGCCCAGAGAGAGAUCGGUGCUACAGUGGCUGAACCGUGUGCAGUCGUUCCUCUACUGCAACGAGAACGGCUUCUGGGGAGCCUUCCUGGAGAGCCAGCGCAUGUGCGUGUGCCACACGGGGGCCACCCUUUGCCAGCGGCCCAUCCCUUGCGUGAUCGGCGGCAACAACAGUUGUGCCAUGUGCAGCCUGGCCAACAUCUCGCAAUGUGGCUCCUGCAACAAGGGCUACAAGCUGUACCGCGGACGCUGCGAGCCGCAGAACGUGGACUCGGAGCGCAGCGAGCAGUUCAUCAGCUUCGAGACAGACCUGGACUUCCAGGACCUGGAGCUCAAGUACCUGCUGCAGAAGAUGGACUCACGGCUGCACAUCCACACGACCUUCAUCAGCAACGAGGUGCGCCUGGAGACCUUCUUCGACCCACGGUGGCGCAAGCGGAUGUCGCUGACGCUCAAGAGCAACAAGAACCGCAUGGACUACCUGCACAUGAUCGUAGGCCUGUCCAUGAAGAUCUGCCAGAUGCGCAACAGCAGUGUGGACCCCAUGUUCUUCGUUUAUGUGAACCCGUUCAGCGGAAGCCACUCGGAGGGUUGGAGCAUGCCGUUCGGCGAGCACGGAUACCCGCGCUGGGAGAAGGUGCGACUGCAGAACUCGCAGUGCUUUAACUGGACCCUGCUGUUGGGAAACCGCUGGAAGACCUUCUUCGAGACUGUGCACAUCUACCUGCGAAGCCGCACUAAGGUGCCCACCGUCCUGCGGAACGACACGGGCCAGGGCCCAGUGGACUUAUCCGAUCCCAACAAGCGGCAGAUCUACAUCAAGAUCUCCGAUAUCCAAGUGUUCGGCUACAGCCUGCGAUUCAACGCUGACCUGCUGAGGAGCGCCGUGCAGCAGGUCAAUCAGUCGUACACGCAGGGGAACCAGUUCUACUCGUCCUCGUCCAUCAUGCUCCUGCUGCUGGACAUACGGGAGAGAAUUAACCGUCUGGCCCCUCCAGUGGCCCCUGGGAAGCCCCAGCUGGACCUGUUCUCCUGUAUGCUGAAACAUCGACUCAAGCUCAACAACAGCGAGAUGAUUCGCGUGAAUCAUGCCUUGGACAUGUACAACACAGAAAUCUUGAAACAAUCAGACCAUCUGACUACCAAACUCUGCUGAAAACACAAUUCGAACAAAUAAAACAUUGUAUUGAGAACAACAAAAUAAGAAAGAAUCCUUUUUAUGUUCUUUCUCUGCUUGAUUUGGAACCUUUUGGUUUGCUUUUUUGAUGUAAUAACAACUUUGUAAGUGUAAUUGUUAAACAGAAACUAAAAAUACAGAGAUAAAUAAUUUUAGUUCACUAAAGGAAACAAACAAAAAAAAUUAUUGUAUCAUAUUUGUCCUAGCAUGUCUGUCAUUUCCUAAACAGAAAAAAAUAUGAGAAAAGAUCACUAUUAUACUUAUUAAAUUCAACAUCCAGUGACACAGAGGCCUUGAUUUUAGUUUGAGGGAACAAAGGUACAUCUUAAACUGCCAUUCUUUACUGGUUAACACGUUUUUAGAGAUGUAUAAGGGCAGAACCAAAAUACAGUAAUUAAUUUGAGACACUACCAUGUUGUUAUCAUGCAUCUUUUAGAUGAGGUUUAUACAGCGUAAUGAUUCAUUGACUGUACAGCGUCUUGUCCUUUCAUAUGACACCCCUCUAAGAGAGCUUGGCAGUGAGUUCAGGACGGACGUCCUCCGUUUCUUGCUGGACGUCCAGUUUUCUCGAUUGCCGUUUAUUGCCGCUCGGCAGGUGAACUGAAUCCUGCGUGGGCUCCCCCUGUUGUAUUUUCAGAUUCGCGCUCUUGUUCUUCAGCGAGGUCGAGUCACUUCGGUGCCUGAGUGCAGUAUCUAUGGUUGAACAUAAUCAAUUCAUGCUAUUUCGUACUGCUUCGCAUAAUGUACACGUUGUGAUUGCUGAUGUGUCAUGUUUUUUGCAGCACCGUGAACACAAUUUUAUCAUUUCUCAUUUCUUUAAUGGUCAGCAUAAAGCCAUACAUUUCUCAGAGGGAUGAA